CGGCGUAUGUUUUAAUUUUAAUUGUGACUUGAAAAGAUGAACUAAUCAUUUUGCGAACAAAAGUUGUCAGAACCGUGUUAAAACUAUCGCGAAAAGUGACCUGAGUGGAUUGUGUACACCGAAAUGAUGGAAUUUGUCCGAUUUGGACUCGGAAUCGAUAGAAAAAGUGAUGAUGAAAAUUAAUCAAUGAGACACCAGUCGAAAGUUCGUCUCAUUCGCCAUCAUUCGGGGUAUGUAAAUGGUGGAGCAAAAAGGUGCUGUGCAAAAGAGGAAUAUCUGCGCUCAGUCGUUUCAAACGUGAAAUCGAAUUUUAAGAAAAGCACCGACAUCAACCAAUGAGUCAGUCAGAAGAUACAAGUGAAGCGGAUAGCUUUUUUCGUUAAAUUGCUAAACGUUUUGUUAGCAACAAAAUUGCCAGAAGUAAAUCCUACCGGCAGCAACGGUAGUAGUGUUUUCGUAGUUAGAACAGGACGUCGAUAGUUUGUGCAGUCCAGUCGUUUUUAUAACCGAAACAAUGGAUGCCUACUAUCGAUACGAUCCAACUGCUCCUCGUGGCAUGGGACCGCCAGGUAACGCCGGUGGACCAUAUGCCAGGCAUAGGGCGCCGCACCCGAUGCAGCAGCAGCAACCGCAGUCGCAGUAUCCUGCCUAUCAGCCAGCCACGACGGACAAUAUGUAUUCCAUGCCGGAUCAUAACGCCGCGAUGGGUGGCAUGGCGGACAGCUUGUGGGGUACUCAACCGCCUCCGCCACCGCAGGCCAAUCCGUACGCUGCUCCCAUGGGCUACGGGCAUCCCCAGGCAGCGCAGCCAACACAGCGUCAAACGCCAACCAGCUACCGGCAGCACAUGGGCGGUUAUCCUCAGCAGGACACAUCAAAGCUUCAGUACCCCACACAGCAAGCGAUGAUGGGCGGCAUGAUGCCACAACAGGGUUACGGAUCGUUAAGUCAGCCGCAACAACCGACUCAACAGCAACAACAGCAACCACAACAACCACAGCAACAGCAGCAACGUGUUUCACAGCAUUAUCCCCAAGCGGGUCAUUCUAUGUAUCCGGGAGCGCCGGUCGUUCAACCACAAACAGCAGCGGCGCAAACCGGAUACGCCUCGUACGCACCCACCAUGCAGCAGCACACCGGUCGAUCGUCCCAGCAUGUUUACAACCAGCAUCAGCUCGAUCAAAGCGCGUAUGGGCAGCAUAUGAGUGCGAGCCAGGUUCCCACAAGUCUUCACCAGAUGACUACCCCACAGCAACAACCUCCAGGGCAGUUGCCACAACAUCCGCCCCAGCAAUCCCAUCUACCUAUACCUGGUCAAACGCCACAAACGCAGCAACAAAUGCAUGCUAGCCAAAUGCAGCCUGUACAGCAACAACCGCAACAAACUCAACAACAGCCAACUCACGGAAGUCAGCCAUCUCACACCCAAGCUCACCCUCAACAGCAUCCUGGCUUAACAAGUUUAAAUUCACAACAAAGUCAGCAACAGAAUAGUCUGUUAGGGAGCCAACAUCCAGGCCUGGUUCAUUCACAACAACCAACUAGUGGUGGUCUGAUGCAUAGCGCGGGUGCGUUGGCAACAGCAAUGUCACAAUCUCAGGCUAAUCAACAGCCAGCAGGUCAUCACAGUACUAGUACGCUGGGAGGACAUCAAAUGUCUCACAGUACAAUACCAAGUGUUCCUGGCUAUGGUGCGAGUGCCCCACAGCAGCAAUCGUACCUACCGAACGCCACCAAACAGCAACCACAACAGCACGGAAGCAGUCCGCAAUAUAGAGCACCUUUCCCUCAGCUCUCCCCGCAAAUGUCUCCGCGACCACCACAAAUGUCCCCCCACACGCAAAUGUCACCUCGGCCGGUUAUGUCCCCCGCCAAACCGCCUGGCAGUGUCACUUCGCAAGCACCGCAAACUACUCUGCCUACUACCAUGUCACCUCAUCCUCAUUUGGCCAGCUCUGGUGCAAGCAUCCAGAGCCCACGACCGCAACAGUCGAUGCCGGUUACAAAGCUAACGACGGCGGCCUCAGCUUCUGGACCGGUGAACACUCUGCAAGCUCUUGAACAGAUGGUUAUGCCUCCGUCCGCUGCUGCAGCAGGUUUGGAAUACUCUCAAGCUGCCGCUUAUCGAGGGCCUCCGCAUCAGCAGCAAAUGCAGAACAAUCCACUUUCUCCAUUGGGCCCACGGUUGCCGAUGUCCCCACAGCAUCAUCAACAAUGGCCUCCAAUGGUUCAACGACCUGGUAGCGGUGGAAUAAAUGGUAGUGCUCAUCAUGGCAUGCCUCAACAACCUCCACAGCAACAACAACCACCACAGCAGCAGCAGCAACAACAACAGCUCGGAAAUCAGCACCUGCCCCCGAUGCAUCCUCAUGCUCCGCAUUUACAUGUGUCUCAAGCCUCCCAUCCACCCCCACCACACGUUCAACAGAUCUCACAGUUGAACGACAUCUCCAGUCUGAUACCGCCUGUGUCGCAAACGAUGCAUGUGAUACCGCCAACUCAAGGCCCCCCUAGCGGGCUGCAGUAUAGCAAUCUAGAUGAUAAGAGUCUCGUUGACCCGUCGGUUCAGCAACAAUCCCAGCAGCAACAACAACCACCGCCUCCUGUACAUAGUCUUCACCAACCCCAUUUAUCACAACCGCAGCAGCAACCACCACCCCAACAGCAAUUACCAUCAAUGCAUCAAGCGCAUCAGCAUCCUCCGCAACCACAGCAGCAACCCCAACAACAGCAGCCAAUGCUCACGCAACUUCAACCACCGUCGCAUUUGCUGCAACUUCAAUCUCAGUCAACACAGCAAUCACCUUCUCAACAACAUCAGUCGCACUUGACGACAAUGCAACCAAUGACCGUACAACAGCAACCCCCACAAACAACUCCAUCUGUUCCUUCAUCGCACUCGAUUUCCCAGCAGCUGCAAUCUCCUUCAUUUAAUGAUGAGAUGAUGAUGUCGCCUAGCGGUCAAACUCAGCAGCAUCAGCCACAACAGCAACCACCACCACAGCAACAGCAGCCACAACACAUACCUAGUGCCACAGUACCAAGUGCUCCAACUUCGGUAGCAUCACCGGUUGCGCCACCAGUCACGCAUCAACCGGUUCCUGUUACACAAGCACCUCAUUUGAGCGAUUUGCAAUCGCUCCCUACAGUAACACCUGUAUCGACUCCAUCACAACAUUCGCAACAUCAGCAACAGCAGCAUACCACAGCUUCUUCAGUAGAGCUUCCACCGAUUUCGACCCUGUCGGCGGAACCAACUGUCACAAGCGUCGAAAGUGUUGUGCCACCGCUCAGUAAUACAGAGUCCCUAAAACCAUCUGCUGAUCUCAGUCUCAUCGACAGUCUUACUUCAAGUAAUGCUAAUGAAGCUCCUUCGAGUUUAGGAGCGGCUGGAUCCAUACCGGAGUCAGCCGUAAGUGAGACGGACAGUUUACAGCAAAGGCAUUCCAUGUCUGAGCAAAAUAGCAGCAACGAAGAAUCGCGUGACAGCAUUGUGCCGGCUCCUGCGGAAUCAAAUACCGACGAGAGCAAGUCUUCGAGUUCUUUAAUGUCCGGAACGGAUUUCGAAUCCAUGAAUCAAACAAAUAACGGAUCAACGAAUUUGCUGCUGAACUCAGACACUGGAUUGGAUGAAACAAUCCGGGAAAGCCAAACACUCGGUUUGGAGACGACGAAUACUGAAACAAACGAUAAACGAGAUGAUGUGUAUCAUUCUGAUAACUCAAAUCAAGCCCCAAGUUUCGAUGCUAAAAAGACUGAAAUAUCCUUGGAUUCGGCAACCGCAACCGAACCUAUCACAUCUGUAAUGUUGACCGAACUCCAAGCACCGGAAGUGACGACAGCUUCUACGACGACCACAAGUCCCGAACAGUCGGUACCAACUUCAACUACGACUCCAACAUUACCUACAGCGGCCAUGUCAGCUUACCCAAAUCAAUCUGAAACGAUGCCCGGUGAGCAGAUCAUAUCGACCAGUACGCCGGUGACGACGAUACCUUCGAAUACAACACAAAUUCCACCGCAAAUGUACGGUGCAAUGGGUCCUGCGUCAGGGCAGGCCCCACCGAUGUAUGGAAUACAUAUGCCGCCAGGCGGUCCAAUUAUUCACGGUCCUCAUGGCCCUGGUGUGCACGGUAUGAUGAGCCCGGAUAUGAUGAAUCCAUAUCAGACGCCGUAUCAGACCCAUUCUCAGGAGCGAUCCGCUCUCCAGCAACAACUACAGGAUCUUUACAAACUUCCCAUGGCUGACAAUCAAGAAAAAGUAAUGCGUAUACAGGAAAGGAUUGCCAUGUUACAGCAACAUGAAACGGCUGACGCAUGUCAGGGUGGUUCCCAAUGCAUGAUGCAGAAUCACUCGAUGUACUCAUCCGCGAUGAUUGAUAGCCCACAAGUGACAAGCACGACUGGUCGACGUUGUCGAACUCCUUCGAAUAAACCACGUGAACCCCGUUUAAAGAAAGCGGAAAUGACCCAGGAAGCAGCUGCGGCUGCCGCUGCUGCUGCUGCAUCUGUCGCUCUUACGCCUGUACCAGGGCAACCUCAGCCGCCGCAGCAACCGCUGGUUACCUCCGGUGAUGAAACUUCUCAAACUCAAACGGUGGUCACCGCAUUACCUGUAUCGGACGAUUCCGUUACAGCUGAAACCGGAUUGUUAGAAGUAACAUCGGAAAGUUGCAAUGACACAUUGAAUGAAACUGAAUCUCAAGAAAAUCUCUCCGUGGACUCCGUGGGAGAUCUGGACACUGCAACUGAUGCCAGCUGGAAAAAGUUAAAAAAAACGCGAAAACCUCGGGAGCCUAUAGAACCCAAGAAACCUAAAGAACCAACGGAGAAGAAGGAGCCUAAGAAAAAAUAACCUAAGGAUACUGAUAUGUCUAAGAAAAAACGUGGUAAAAAGGGAGCACCAGAAGGCGACAAUUCUAUGUCAAUGGAUGCCAAUAGUCAAGAUCAUGACCAAGAUCUUUCGAAGGCCACAAGUGAAGCGGAUGAGAACCAAACGCUUGCUUCAUUGAUGCAUUCCCAAAAUUCAACUGAUGCCACAAGUGGUCCCGAUAAAGAAUCCAAAACAGAAGAGAUGGUUGCGAAUAAGGAUGAGGUGACAGAUUUUGACGACAUUCCAGUGUCUAAAAUUCCAAUAAAAAGCUUACUGGAGGAGAGCGAAACGAAAGAAAAGGAGCGUGAAAAUGAAGACAGUGUGGGAGAAAGUGCGGAAGCAGAAGGUGAUACCCCCAAGAAGAAGAAGAGCAGUAAAAAGAAGGAGCCAGGAAGUGGUGAGAGCAAGAAGAAAAGCUCAUCCAGUUCCAGGAGCAAAAAACCAUCGGGUGGAAGUAGUUCGAAGAGUCGAUCACGUCGAAUUAGACUGACGGUUGAAUCGGACGGAGAAGGAGAUGAUCUAAUAACUACGCCACCCCCAUCACCUCCACCGGAUUCGGAAAUCGACAGUUCCAAACGCCGGUCUGCUCGAAAUACCCAACGGAAAAAAUACGUAGAUGAUGUUAUGCUCCGAUUCUCCGAUGAUGAGUCCGGUAUUAUAUCUCCUAUUCCACCUACGAGAAAAGAAAAGAAAGUAGCAGAAUCUGCUGAAAAGAAGGAUGCUGACAGCAGUGGGGAAGGUGCCAUAGCGGGCCCUUCGUCCGAAGCUACCGAUACAAACUCCGGCACAGUUGGGACGGAGGGAGGAGAAGAGGUUAGCACCACGGAUUCGAAGCCUGAAACGAGUAGUGAAGUGAAAUCUGAGGAAGCUAAUAAACCAAACUAUGUGUAUGUGAAUACAGGAGACGAGGACUCAAUGGUUGUCCAUUAUGUUCUCGCAGUAAGAAUGGGUAAACGAGAAUUGAAACCUGAUCCACCACCACCGCCGCCGAAAGAAAAAACUCCUGAACCAGAAGUGAAAGCUGAGGAUAGAAAAAGGGAAGGCGAUUGCAGUGAAUCUUCUGAAAAGAAGCAAGAAGAAGGAGAAGCAGAUCCCGAAAAAGAGACUGACUCUGAUGACAAAGAAGAGGACAAUAAAGAAAGCAAAAAACAAAAUGAUGCUGAAGAACAUGAAACUAAAAUGGAAGUCGAUGAACAAGUUGAUGAGGAACCAAAAAUAGACGAACAAUCAAAGGAGGAAAUUGAAAAAACGUCAAACAUUUCAGAGGUAGAAAAAAUGGAAACAGAUGACCUGGAAGAAUCCGAGAAAGAUUCUGCAGAAAAUGAUUCUGAGAAAGUUAAGGCGAAACAGCAUGACAGUGAUGAAGAAUCGUCUGAAGAUAAAGAAGAAUCAGCAAAAUUAUCAGCGGAGAAAAAGGGAGGCGAGAAGAUGGAUACUGACGACCAAAAAGAUACCAAGGAUGAGAAAACUGAAGAUGAAAAGAAUGAAGACAAGCCAGAAGAAAAGAAGGAACCACCGGUGUUCAUCGACGUUGAGGAAUACUAUGUGAAGUAUCGUAACUUUUCCUAUCUACACUGCGAGUGGCGUACUGAAGAUGAGCUUUUCAAAGGCGAUAAACGAGUUGGAAACAAAAUCAAACGUUUUUUGCAAAAGCAGCAGCAGCAGCUCAAUAUCUUCGAGUCCUUGGAUGAGGAGCCGUUCAAUCCGGACUUUGUCGAAGUUGAUCGAGUGCUGGAUGUUUCCGAGCAUACCGACGACGACGGCAAAACGGUGAAGCAUUACUUAGUGAAAUGGAAGAGUUUGCCUUAUGAAGACAGCACCUGGGAAUUGGAGGACGAUGUAGAUCUUCCUAAGAUCGAACAAUACUACAGAUUUAAUAAAAUUCCACCGAAAAGUGAAUGGAAAACUAAGAAACGGCCACAUCCAGAUCAGUGGAAGGCUCUGCCAGAGAGUCCUACUUAUAAGGCAGGUAACAGGCUGCGUCCUUAUCAGCUGGAAGGUCUAAACUGGUUGCGGUACUCGUGGUAUAAGGGAAAUAAUUGUAUUUUGGCCGACGAAAUGGGUCUAGGCAAAACCAUCCAGAGCUUGACAUUCGUACAUUCGGUUUAUGAGUAUGGCAUUCGAGGGCCGUUCCUGGUGAUUGCGCCUUUGUCAACCAUUCCUAAUUGGCAGCGAGAGUUCGAAGGGUGGACGGACAUGAAUGUGAUCGUUUAUCAUGGUUCAGCUACCAGUAGGCAAAUGAUUCAGGACUACGAGGUGUUCUACCGUUAUGAAAAUGGAAAGUACAUAAAAGACAUCAAUAAAUUCAACGUGUUGAUUACGACAUUUGAAAUGAUCGUCACAGAUUAUCAGGACUUGAAACCGUUCAAUUUCCGAGUGUGUGUCAUCGAUGAGGCUCAUCGCUUGAAGAACCGUAAUUGUAAAUUAUUGGAAGGUCUCCGUCAGCUAAGUCUGGAACAUCGUGUACUUCUUUCGGGAACUCCGUUGCAGAACAACGUUAAUGAAUUGUUCUCGUUGCUGAACUUCCUUGAACCAAGCCAGUUCUCAUCAAAUGAUGAGUUCUUGCGGGAAUUCGGAAGUCUGAAAACGGAGAGUGAAGUACUCAAACUACAGGCGUUGCUUAAACCUAUGAUGCUACGGCGAUUGAAGGACGAUGUCGAGAAGUCGCUUGCUCCGAAGGAGGAAACAAUUGUUGAAGUAGAACUGACCAACAUUCAGAAAAAGUAUUAUCGAGGCAUCCUAGAGCAAAACUUCUCAUUUUUGAUGAAGGGAACGACCUCAGCAAAUAUUCCGAACCUGAUGAACACUAUGAUGGAGUUGAGAAAGUGUUGUAUUCAUCCAUAUUUGCUAAAUGGUGCCGAAGAUCAAAUUCAAUACGAUUAUCGUCAACAGCACGGCGAUGAUGCGGAAGCGUACUACAAAAACUUGAUCGUGUCAUCUGGUAAAAUGGUGCUGAUUGAUAAACUGCUGCCAAAAUUGAAAGCAAAUGGUCAUCGAGUAUUGAUUUUCAGUCAAAUGGUCCGCUGUUUGGAUAUUUUGGAAGAUUAUUUAAUUUAUCGGAAAUAUCCCUUUGAGCGUAUUGACGGUCGUAUUCGUGGAAAUUUGCGUCAAGCUGCCAUUGAUCGAUAUUCGAAACCAGAUUCCGAUCGGUUUGUCUUCCUGUUGUGUACGAAAGCUGGUGGUUUGGGAAUCAAUUUAACUGCAGCUGAUACGGUUAUCAUUUACGACAGUGACUGGAACCCGCAGAACGAUUUACAAGCGCAGGCGCGUUGUCAUCGUAUCGGUCAGCAAAAGAUGGUUAAAAUCUAUCGCUUGCUUUGUCGCAACACAUACGAGCGCGAGAUGUUCGAUAAGGCUUCGCUCAAGCUGGGCUUGGAUAAGGCCAUUCUACAAAGUAUGAAUACCGCUCAAGGAGGAAAGGAUAACAACAAACAAUUGUCGAAGAAAGAGAUUGAGGAUCUCUUGAAAAAGGGUGCCUAUGGAGCCGUUAUGGAUGACGAUGCAGGUGACAAGUUCUGUGAAGAAGACAUCGAUUCCAUUCUGCUUCGACGAACACAGGUUAUCACCAUGGAGAGUGAGAAGGGCUCAACGUUCUCGAAAGCCUCCUUCGCAGCAGCCGCCAAUCGGAGCGAUAUCAAUAUCGAUGAUCCAGAUUUCUGGAACAAGUGGGCUAAAAAGGCUGAGAUUGAUCCCUCGGCGUGCGAGAAGGACGAAACAGAAGACUUGGUCAUUGCGGAGCCGCGAAAACGUACGCAGAUCAAACGAUACGGCCAUGAUGAUGGUGUUAUGGAUAUGUCCGAUGAAUCUUCAGGCGAGCACGGAAGCGAAGGUGAAGAAGGUAGCGGUGGUUUGAAGACCAGAAGCAAACGGAACCGUGGCAAGGACAAAAACAAGAAACAGCAGGUCGAGAAGGAUGAAUACAUUCCCCGAGAUCGGGAUACACUGGCGGCACUCGGAUUCGACGAAGUAUCCUACGGAAACUGGGCUCGUUCUGAGUUGUUCAAGGUGGAGAAAGGAUUGCUCUCGCAUGGAUGGGCCCGCUGGACUGAAAUUUUGGAACAAGGACAGUUUAAGCGAGGUUGGCGUGAGCAAGACAUCGAAGAAUGUUCUCGUAUUAUUUUGCUGUAUUGUCUCGAUCGCUAUCAGGGAGACGAGAAGAUCAAGAAUUUCAUUUGGGAACUGAUCACCCCUUCGGAAGGUGGUGAGCAACGUGAGAUCGCUCGCAAUCAUAGUGGAUUACAUAACCUGGUUCCCAGAGGACGAAAUGCCAAAGGACGCAAAUCUGCGAACCCGGGAGCACCAGGAGCUCCGACACUGAAGCGUGAAGGAAGCGUCACAGAUGUAAAUGAAGAUGGUUCAUCGAAUUCCUCCGGCACGCAGAAAGAGCCAAAAGCGACCAAGUCCGACACCGAUUCUGGUGGCUCCAGCACGCCGACCACUGAUCCGAAUCACUGGAGCAAAGAUGAAAAAUAUGACGCAGAGAAUAUGUUAGAUGUGAAUUACAAGAAACAUCUUACAAGACAUGCUAACAAAGUGCUUCUUCGCGUCCGGAUGCUGUAUUACAUCAAGCACGAAGUCCUCGGUGACUUGGUGACGCAGAUUCAAGAGGGUGCCAAUGCGAGCGAUCUUCCCAUACGCCCACCGCCAACGCCCGAUCAGCUGCCGUGCUCAUGGUGGAACCCAAAUUGUUGCGAUCGCAGUCUCUUAGUCGGCACGUAUAAGCAUGGCUGCGAAAACUACCGCGUGAUGCGAGCGGAUCCGAUGCUCUGCUUCCAGAGCCACUGCGGUCCCGGCGAUGGAAUCGUCGAGGAGGCGGCAGUUGUCAAAGAAGCCGAUGAUGACGCCAACUCCAAGCAGGGAGACAACGAAGACGAUCCAGAGGAUGGUCCCUCGGAGGCCCGUUCCUCGUCGGCCGGCGUUGACUCCAAAGACGAUGAUGAAGAAUCCACAGCUGGUACCGCAACUAGUGCUGCGCCCACGCCGGCUCCAUCGGAAACAAAUCCAGAGCUGAUUUGGCCCACGAUGCAGGACUUGAAUACGCGAUUACGUCGGGUCAUCACUUCCUACCAGCGCAACUACAAGAAGGAAGAACUGAAGCAGCAACAGAAGGCAAAGCAGCAGCUUCAGUCGAUCGUGCAGCCUGCGUCUUCGCUGGGUGCACAGUCGUCGUCGAGUCCGUCGACGCCUUGUACCACCCCCGGACCAGCCAUGAGCGGUAAUCUUACUCCGCAACACCAGCAGCAGUCUCAAUCGAUGCAAAUGAUGGGCUCCCAGCAGCAACUCGGAGGCGCUGGUGGCGCAUCUACCUCCUACGCUGGCACUAGCGGAUUGAGCAAAAGCCAACAGCAGCAAGCAUCGGCCGGCGCUGGGGGUCUUUCCUCUCUGGGGGCUACCACUCCGACCGGUGGCAUGCCCACGGCAGCUGACUUUAGUCUCAUGCUGAGCCUGGGGCUAGGCCUCAAUCCGGCCGAUGCUUCGCAGCUGGCCAAUCUCGAUCUGCAAAAGUUGGCCAUGUACUUGAAAAUGGAACGCCGUGAAAAAACGGAACAGGUAAUGCGCGAACGUGAACGCGUUCGUUUAGAUCAGAUUCCCAAAAAAUGGACACGUCGUGAGGAAAAUGAAUUCAUCCGUGUGCUAACUGGAUACGGUAUUGACCUUUUGCCGAACACAGCCGUACCUACGCCCGAUUGGUCAAGAUUCAAAGUUUACGCCAAGUUAGACAAAAAGUCGGACGAAAAUUUGAGUGAUUUCUAUAAGGUCUUCAUUGCCAUGUGCAAACGCCAGGCUGGUGUAAAGCUGAACGACGACGAAAAGGGUUUGGAGGGAUUGGUGGAUGAUGUAACCGAGGAUCACGCCAAGUUGAUUCUCGAUCGGUUGGAACUGCUUUCGAAGGCCCGCGAGAUCAUCAAACACCCGAAACUGGAGGAGAACAUAAAGCUGUGCGAGAAUAAUCUGGACACCCCUGACUGGUGGAUUUCGGGCAAGCAUGACCGAGAGCUGCUGCGGGCGGUGCUCAAGCAUGGAAUUUAUCGCUCUGAACAGCUGAUCCUAGCCGAUCCGGAGUUUCCAUUCUAUGAGGCGGCUAAGAAAUAUUUACAAAAUCUGGAAAUUCAAAUCCAACUGCAAAAUCAACAGUUGAUGAAAAUGCAAGCUGCCAAGGCAGAAGCGGCUGAAAAGGCGGAACAGGCAAUGAAACAGAAGGAAUCAGACGAGACUAAAGAUAAAGAUGUGGAAAAUACUGAAAUCGAGCCGAAGGUAGAAGUGAAAAUCGCGGAAGAACUCAAGAAGGAGACGGAUGAAAUCAAAUCCGAAGCAAGUGACGGUCAAGACUUGAAAGAGGAGCUCAAAGUUGAGGAUUCGGACGACAAGGACAAGAAAAUGAAAGUGGAAGUUUCUUCGGAAGAACUAUCUGAUAAUGCUUUAGAAGAAAAGAAAGAUAAAGAUGUAGUAAAAGAUGAGGAAUCGAAACCAGUUGUUAAGGAGGAGAAUUCCAUGGAAGUUGAUACAGAGGACAAACCCAAGGAUGAUAUUGCCGAGGAAAAGCACGAUGAGAUCAAACAAGAACAUGACGAGGACAAAAACAAGUCGGUAGAUCUUUCCAAAAUGGAAGAAAAAUCGAGUGAGCCGUCGAAAAUUGAUGAACAGAAUGCUUCAACUGAGGAAGGGGUAUCCCCGUUGAAGAAAGUGGAAGGGCAGGAGCCUGAGAAAAAGCCUGAAGUAGGAAGAGAAACUUCACCAGAUGUAAUAAUACUUGAUGAACAGAAAGUUUCUGACGUAAAACCCAAAGUUAUGAGCGAAGAUGAAAAAUGCUCCAAACAAGCGGCUGAACUAAAGGCUCGUUUCCCCGAUUUAGAAGUUUUCCAACCAUUAAUGAAGUUGAAGCAGUUGGAUAACAGUGUCUCGAAAGAAGACUUCAACAACAUGAGCAAAUUUGCUAGCAUGAUCGAUACGUCGAUGAUCGUGAAAUGGUUCCGCGAUUUCGCUUUGGAGCGUCGGGUCGGACACAUCAUCUACUGCAUCGAGCACGGCGAGUGGCCCGUGGGCAAGUCCUACUCUGCCUACACCGGAUGUCUGGGCAUUGAUCUGGACAUUCCGUUGCAUGAGACGAUCAAGCGUAUCAUCUCAGUGGACGCCGACACGCGACGUUCGACGUCCAGCACUCCGGACGUGAUCACGAUCACAACCGAUCACGCCGGUGCGAAACAGAUCAGCCAAGCGGCCAUGAAUGCACAAUCAGCUGCGGCGGCUGCCCUUUCGGCAGUUGGGCUGGGAGGCAGCGGACCGGGAGCGGUUGGUACACAAGGGUUAAGCCAAAGUCAAAUGGCAGCUGCGGCUGCGGCCGCCGCUGCCGCUGCAAAUGUUUCGCUCUCGUCAAGUAAGAAACAACGCAAGAGACACAUUGCUAUUGAUGUUGAAACAGAAAGGGCCAAAUUGCAUGCUUUGUUGAAUAAUACUCAGAGUCCAGCACCCGGUAAUAAAUCACAGGCUCCAUCGCUGCAAUCAGCUGGCGCGCUGUCGUGGAACGAGGACGAAAUCGUUGACGCCCGUCGAAAUAGUUCCGGAGGUUCGGGAGGACUGCAACCGCCGCCUGCUCAUCAGCAUGGUCCUCGCAAUCCGAUCAGCUACUCGAAGCCCACGCUCAUCCCAGGAACGUCCAGCACGUUGACACCGAUCGAUUUGUCGGCUGGAUAUAGUUUGCCGAAGGUCAACAUGGCGGACAUAAUCAAGGGUCCGAUGGAUCUAAGCGAAGUACAGGACUUUUCAAUUGGCAAGAAGCACAAGCCGAGCGAUAUCUAUGGUGCUAGCAGCCGAGGACUUUCGUCUACCAGCAUCAGUAUAACAAGUGCCGGUGCCGGAGGUGGUUCUUCAAUGCAAUCACCAUCGGCUGCAGUGGCAGCGGCAGCAGCGGCUGGUAAAGGAAAACUGAAUGAUAUGCUUUCGAAGCUGAUGAAGAAAAACAACGUGAGUGUGCCGAUCGAAGAACCCCCGUUGGGUAAAGAGAAGAAGCGAAGGAAGUUGGACGAAAUUGUAAUGGGACUGUCAGCUGCUAAAGAACAGAAGACGAUAUUCGGUGAUCCUACUCCACCAGGAGGAAGCUUCUCCGGUAGCUCUAUGAAGAAGCCCCAGAUCCCACCGAGUGUCUCAGUGACUCCAGCGAGUGCACCAUCGUCGGUUAGUCAACAACCGCCCCAGAAACCGUUCACAAUUACAGUGACAAGUGUGCCAGGAACAUCGAAGAGUGGUCAGGGGUCGUCAAGCUCCAACUCGAACAGUGGCUUAGCUGCAUUACAAAACAUGUCCGGCAUGGGAGCACUCUCAACCAAAGACAGCUUGAGUGCACUGUUCUCGCAAGCAGCCCAGGCCGAGCAACAGGCGUUCUUGAAACAACAGCAGAAGAUUAUUCAAUCAUUGCCAGCAAAUUCACCACAACGUAAGGCAUAUGAAGCGAUGUUUGCAGAAAUGAAGCAAGCGGCGGAUCUUAGUUCGAAACUCGGUCAGUACGGUUCAGCUCACGACGCUAAGGUGAACAAAUGGUUAGCGGAACAAACAGCUGCCCUGACUGAACACGCUAUGGGAAUGGACUAUUUGUCAAGAUCAUCGCGAAGAUCAUCAUCCUCCACAUCACAACCGCAGGCGACGACUCCUACGUCGUCUAGAUCUACGAGAAAUACUGGAACUAGUCUUCAACAACAUCAUGCCCAGCAACAGCAACAACAGCAGCAGCAACAGCAGGCAGACAAUAAUCCAAUGGCCUUUAAUUGGAAGACACUUACCGGUGAGGAAUACGUGUCGGUUAUUAAUAAGAUCAAUGGCAAGCGUCUCACCGGAAACAAGGCUCCUCAACUGAAACGAUUAACACAAUGGCUACACGACAAUCCUUUGUACGAAAUAGAUCCUAAAUGGGCUGAAUCGAUCAUUCUUCCACCUGGCUCUAUGUCAAUGUCAAAGCCUUCUCCAUCAGAUUCGGGAAGCCCUUCUUCAGCCUCUUCCAAACAAAUGCGAUCGUCAUCAUCGUCCUCGCCCAUGACGUCCCAGGCAGGUCAAUACGGAAGCAGUGGUGGCAGCAGCCAACAAUCAUCUUCCACGCCAUCGAAGAAACAUAGCAGUAGCAGUGCUGCUAACAUGCAAUUCCCAGGUCUUGCAGGAUUGAACGCCAAUCUAUUAUCUAGCGUUCCUGGAUUGGGCAGUUUCGAUCCGAAAAACCCAAUGCUUGGAAUGCCAUUUGGCGGAAUGCCCGGUUUGGCUGGACUCGGAGGACUAGGCAAUCUGAACAAUAUGAAUCUUUUUGCUAGCUUAGCAGGAGGACUGCCUGGUCUGUCUGGAAUGGAUGCCCAAAGUUUGGCUGCCAUGAUGGCUGCUGCAGGCUUAGACCCUACAACAGCUCUUGCUGCUGCAGCAGCAGUUGGAGGUACUCCUCCAAAGGCAGGAGGCAGUAGUUCUAGCAAAUCAAGAAAACCUGAUGGAUCGAGCUCGUCGUCAUCACAACAGAGUUCCAGCAAGAGUUCCAAUUCCCAACAGCAAGCAGCAGCUGCAGCUGCUGCUGCAAGCCAGUUUCCUUUCUUCUUCCCGAAUCCAAGCCUUUUGUACACACCGCUAGGUUUGGGAGGAUUGAAUCCGUAUGGAAUGCCAGGGGCUGGACUGGGCACAAGUGGAAUAACAACAAGUACGACAUCAUCACCAACAACUUCACGACAAUCUCAAUCGAAGCAGAAUAGCUCACGAGGUAUGGGUGGUAGUUCUCAGCAAUCGGCUGCAUCACCAGGUAGUAAAUCGAGCAGAAAUUCAAGUUUGACUAGUCAACAGGCAGCUGCCGCUCAACAAGCUGCUCUAGAAGCAGCACAACUUCAGCAAUUAUUGCUUCCACAUGAUAAACAUUUGUUGGACUCGCUAACGCGAUCUGCAGGCUUGGAUAUCACGCAAAGUUCGAGAGGUAGUGGAUCCAGCGCAGCCGACAAACGAGCAAGGGAAAGUUCGGCCGCACAACAAGCAAAUAAACAAGCCCUAGAAAAGUUAGAGCGCGAGAGAAGGAAAAUACUGGAAACGUUAUCUCAAGGGGCAUUCCCUCCAGAUCUAGCAGCGAUGCAGGCGUUUGCCACCGGGAAAAUGCCUGGAGCGUCAUCAUCAUCCUCUUCUGCACACGGUUCAUCAUCGAAGAGCAGUAGUAGUAACAAUAAUAGUGCUGCAGCGGCUGCAGCAGCAGCAGCCGCAGCUAUGAGCAAGGACCUUCAACUACCGUUAACACCAGAAUUCAGCCAGGCAUUGUUCGCCGAAAUGGCAGCUCAAGCUCUUUCUGCCAGUGGAGCAACCGGCUCUUCCUCGUCAUCUUCUUCGGCUUCCAAAAAAUCACGAGAUCAAGAGCUGAAAGAAGCAUUUGAGCAGUUGAGCAAACAUCCUAUUGAACUUUUGGCAAGGAGUUUGGGAGUCGGACCUGCGAUAUCGCUCAUCCCAACGUCAUCGUCAUCCUCGUCAACAUCAGAUUCAAAGAGAACCACGUCUUCUUCGAGGCACGAUGCCCAACAGCAACAUCUACAGCAUCAUCUAUCCAAGCUAGACCCCAAAACGCUUAUGAUGAGCGGCGUGGGCGGCUCUCAGCAGGAUGAAAUGAAGAGCCCCAGAACAAGAUCGUCAACAGAUUCUAUGGGUAGUAUUGACAAGGUCACGCUGACGCCAGUGGCUGCCGCUAGCAUAGCAGCUUCCCUACCAUCGCAAACGACAAUCUCAUUAGCAUCACCCGUGGGACAUACCGGCACUUCAUCGUCGUCCGCUGCCGGUAGCGGUGGUGGUGGAGGUUCGUUGAAUCUCAGUGCCAAAAGUCCGGCAGCCAUGUCGACAUCGUCCACGUCAAGUAUCGGAGAUCGGGAUCGAGACCGCGAAAGAGAACGAGAACGGGAGAACAGAGACCGCGAGCGAGAGCGUACUGAAAGAUUGACCGACAGGGUUGAUCGGGCGGAAAGAAACGACCGUAGCUUACGGUCGACUGAUAUGGCUGCCGAUUUGAGUAAGGGUUCGUCGAAUUCUACUACGUUGACUCCGACGACAGCUGCACCUCAAAAUUUAUCGACGUCAUCGGCAUCGAAUUCUGUGCCAACUCCAUCGGUGACGGUGGUAGACACUGCCCACAACCAGGAAAUGGAUCUAGAAGAUUUAAUAGCCCCUUCAAAACUUUCCAAAUCAGGCAAUGUUUUGAACGAUGAGGAUGACCCUCAGAAACAGAUUAUGCUACUGAAGCAGAAGCAGAAACUUCUGCAACAAGAACAGAUGAAGAAGCUCCAAGAAGCGCAGGAAGCGCAACGAAUUCUCGAGCAACAACGGAUGGCGGAGCAAAAAAAGCUGCUGGAAGAACAACAGCAAAAGGAGCAACACGAACAAGAACAGGCUCACGCCCGGGAACUACGGCAUAAACGUCGUAGAGAACGCGAGGAAAAUGAACGACUUCAGCACCCUCGGUUAGAAGUGGAACAGGAUGCACCUGUUCCGAUAGAGUCUGCCCAACCAGAAGUCGAUCUUCGACAACACGAAGAAAUGGUAGCACCUCAGCAGAUGGAUACAACACCUGCUGAGUUACACGAACCGCAGCAAAAGGAAGAAGAUCUUCAAGAGCAACAACAACACGAAGAGGCAGAGCGACACGAACGUCGUGCUUCGCGUAGAAGUCAGCGUCAUUCGACGGAACAACCGUCUGAAGACACAAGCAAAUUUGAUCACGAAAAACCAACAGCAGAGUGUUUAGCAUCAUCGUCGACAAGGAAAUCUACUCGAUGCAGCACCGAUGCGGCCAGUUCUUCCGGUGGAGAGUCGAAUAGUGCUCCGCAAUUAACUCCGACGGCAGGAGGUCGUCGAGCGACACGUUCCAAACGACGAAGAAGCGGUGAAGACCUCGACCUUACGGUGGGAGUCCCCGAACGGAAGCGCGAGCUCCGAUCCAGCGCAGGACGACAGGCAGCAGCUGCAGCGGCGCGGAUGGCAGCGGAAGCUAAGGCAGCCGCGGCCGCUGCUGCGGCGGCAGCUGCUGCAGCUCAGACAGAAGGUUCACUGAAUUUGUCAAAGGAUCAGCAUGACCACCAGGAAGAACAGCAACCCAUUUGAUUAAAAAUGAGUAAAUGACGCUUAUAAUUUUAGGUUAACAGUUUUUGUUUUUUUAGGAAGUUUUAGGCGGUUGAUAUUACGUGAGGAAAUUGUUUCCUUGUUUCGGUAGUAUACACAUAAAUAGUGAAUUAGGAACACAUAUAUGUGCGAGAAGAAAUGUGUCGUAUUAUUGUAAUUUAUUUUGCGACAAAAACAGGACAGAUGUGAAGUAACUGUGGUAGACAACAAAAACAAAAGUAAAUCAUCUAAUAGGAUUAAAACAAUUAAGGCUUUGAUUGGGUUUGGGAUGCUUGUGAGGUUGCUUGCAAUACUUCAAUUUAGAUAAAGGAAGCUUUCAAUGGUGAUUUUAGAAUUACUAGCGGUGGAAAUUCUUGUGGGAGAUUGCUGUUGAGACCGGUUCUUUAAUUGUUCAUACGCAAGCCUAGUCGAGCAUCCUUAGCAACAUCGAAGUGUUUUGAAAUCUUUUAAGAAGCUGAAAAAGAUCUACCAUUGACACCUGUUAUAUUUGUGUACUAUAAUCAUUGUCUUAGUCGCUUAAAAUAAGAGGGCAAAUUAUGUAAAAUAUUAACCAGCUGUCAGACUAGUAACUAAUUUCCUUAUAUCAUUCAUGUUGAUUUGUUGAAUUUUUCAGCAAAUCUCAAAAGUCGGUUCCAUAAAAAAAAACAAAAAAAUUAGGAACUCACAUUAACUUCAGUCAAAAAAUGGAUAUGAGGAUAUAAAUAUGAGAGUAGAAAACAAUUAUCUUAAAAAUAGACACAAGCGGGCUUGGAACCAAGCAAGUACUGUUUAGCUUAUUUGACUAGCACAUAAAACAAAAACAAACAAAAAAUCAAAUCAUCUAAUUUAUUCUCCCGUUUUGCUCAUCGCGGCAGAUGCAGAACAAACUUGUAAAUAUUAAAUAAAGCUAUUUUAACGUGUAACAACUUCAUAGGGUGCUCAAAAUAAUUGGAAUAGACAAGUUCAAACUCAAUUGAAAUGUUGUAAACGCUUCGUUUAACUUUGAUUACAAACACAAUGGUCUACAAAACUUCUUGAAAAGGACCAUCAGCUGUUUUAUCUUUUAACAGUAAGUUGCUAUUUAUGUAUGCUUCCCGGAAAAUAAAAAUCUUCGAAAUCCGAUCACUUUCUUGGAUGAGAUUUUUUCUAACAUUUUUAAUUCAGUUUCCUUUUUGUACUAUCAAAACCGAAUAAUAAUGAAUAAGGAUACAACAAUCUUGAUUACUUUAAUUAUUUUGAUUACCCUAUGAUAGACUUGAAUGUAGAAAUCGAUUAAUCUCGAUGCAAAAUAAAACCAUAAAAAAAUCAUAAAAAUCACAAAAAAUAAUUCAUUUUCGCAUUUAUCCGUAGUAAAAGAAGAAUCAAACAACAACAGAAAAUAUAGUUGCUAAUAUCUCAAUAGCAAAACAAAGCGGCAAAAAUACCCGACAGUUAGUCGAGUGUGGUGGGGUGUGCAUGUGGCGUGCUGUAAUCUCUCUUGAAGACCCCUUUCAUCGUGAUACUUUUCCCGUUGUGUGGUUGCUACGCGGAAAGAAUUGCAUGAAUGGGCCAACUCGUCGAGUUAUGCACAAAUUAGUCGAAACUGGCUUGAAGCUGUAGCAAAAAGGUUGAAAUAAAACAAAAAACACAAUUCAGAAAAUAAACCAACAUUAGUUCCAAAAGUUACACACGCAUAUAAAUAGAUAUGAACACGAGAUAGACUGAAACGUUAAAACAUGUCUUUUGUUUUCUGUCCGGCAGGAAUCUUAUUCAAGUGUGGUUGCAUUUCUAUUCCAUUCGUGUCGGCAACCGAUCGUUAUGAAACAAAUGUUAUAUCAUCAAAAUCUGUGUUGUUUAAUUCGUGGGGAAUUGAACGACCGGACUGAAAAAGUCGUGUACAUUAGUUUAUUAUUAUGUUUCUUUAAUCUAUUCCCACAUUUUCCCUGUCCUCCCAAGCUGCACUUUGUAUUAUCAGAACAUAUUUCGAGUUAGCGGAGUUCGUUCGUACAGAUUUCAACUAUGAUGCUGACUGAGGUGUUCACCUUGAUGCAUCUGGUUGGCAUCGCAAGCCCAAGAGUCCUGCUAGUAGUGGCCAUGUGUGGGGUCUAGGCUGCUUUUGGCGGACAGAUUUAUGAGAUACAUUUUGAGAAGGAGGAAAAGGGCACAUGCAUUGGACCGUGUGUCCGCUAAGCGGUCUUGAAAUGAAAGGGUAUGGAAAGAAGAAGCAAGAGUUACACAAACAAAAAGUAACACACACUGCAAAAGUGAAAUGUAGACCUAGUAGUAAUUUAUCUCCAAUAUUAAAAAAAAUUAAAGUUUACAAAAAGUAUAAAUAUUAUGAACUAGCGAGAAAAACACGUGACAAUUAUAAAGGAAAAAAAUCUGCAAAAAAAUAUAAAUAAUGAAAAAUAUCUUCAA